CAGCAGGUGCCCACAAGUUGUUGAUCACAAUUAGUUCAAAUGAACUAUUACACACAUGCACCUUUAUAAGUACUCGAUGACAACACUGAUGACGAAACAGAAAACAUACUUUAACCAUCAUUGUUAGUCAAACUUUCUCCAGAAUCACUUGUUGCUAAUAUUUUAUCUUCUUUUGUCUCUGAAUUGGCCAUGGGGAAUGAAAGGUGUCUUAGUCUCAUAGUUUUUUACUCAUAGUUGAUGGCUUUUCAAGUAGCUUGUGUAUUGUGUAAAGUGAAGUUGCUUAAUGGUGAAGUGUUGACUUAUUUAUCGCUAGAAAACAGGAACAUUUCUGUACUCAUUUCUUUACAGAUUCAAUGCAUAAACUUGGAUUUUUAAACCUUAUUCCCUGUUUUUGUUAGCUGUUGCUGUUUUUUUCUUUCUUUUUUUAGAGUGUGUACGUGGUGCAGUAGGCGCGUAAUACAGGUAAUGGUUGCAUAUGCAUGAAGACUUAUAUGAUUGUCAAUUGAAAAGGAAUGAUACUGAAAAUCCAAUGAAAAAAAGAAUCUUCCCAAGUACCGCCAACCUUGAGGUCUUAAGAGAAUACGGAGAUAAAAUGAGGACCUUAUCCAAGAAAAUCAUGGAGAUAUUGUUAAUGUGUUUGGGGGAAAAUUUUGAGAGGGAAUUUGAACAUGAAUUUUCCAACUGCGAAGGGUAUCUAAGGAUAAAUAACUACUCAUUACCCGAAAAAGGAGUGAUGGGAAAAGAUGUUGAAGGGCUUGGCAUGCACACAGAUAUGAGCUGUUUGACCAUAGUUUAUCAAGAUGAAGUUGGUGGGCUUCAAGUACGCUCUAAAGACGGGAAAUGGUUGGAUAUAAACCCAUGUGAAGAAACAUUAGUUGUGAACAUUGGAGACUUGUUACAUGCUUGGAGCAAUGGGAUGUUAAGGUCAUCUGAGCAUAGAGUCAUCUUAAAGGAAUGCAAAAACCGAAACCGGUUUUCCCUUGCUUUCUUCUGGUGCUUUGAGGACGAUAAGGUAAUUUCCGCGCCUAACGAAGUUGUGGGUAAUGACUUCAGAGCUUAUGAACCAUUCUUGUGUAGUGAUUAUUUGAAGUUUAGAGAAAAUAGUGUGAGAGGAAAGUUUGAGAAAGUUGGUUUCACUGUGAAAGAUUUUGCUGGCACUGGAACAUGAUAAUUUUUGUGUUUGCUUGGGGUGAAUAGGCAAAGCAAUUGUUAAUGGGCUUUGGUUAUUUAUUUAUUAUUCCUCUUAUUCUAAUCCUUUGGAAUUUGGAUAGUUCGAUUAGUUUUUUUGUGUAUUUGUAUAAUGUGCAAAUUGCUCUUUGGAUUUAGUGCCCCGUUUGCUUUUUAA